AUGGUAUCAAGAGCCAUCAAACCAUGGUCUCUCAAGAGUAAGAGUGUUUCGUUGAAGAAGAAGUACAAGGUGAUACGGAAGGUGAAAGAGCACAACAGAAAAAAAGCGAAGGAAGCGAAGAAGCUUAGGCUGAGUGGGAAAAAUAAGGUUGAGAAGGAUCCUGGUAUUCCCAACGAUUGGCCCUUCAAGGAACAGGAACUGAAAGCCCUUGAAGCUCGAAGAGCGAAGGCCAUUGAAGAAUUGGAGCAAAAGAAAGUUGAACGCAAGGAGAGGGCUCGUAAAAGGAAAUUGGGCUUGCUAGAGGAGGAAGAUGACUCCAAGUUGCUAGAGGAUUCUAAAAAAAAUAGUAAUGAUUUUGGUACCGCCUUAAAGACCAGAGAUAGCUCAGAUAGAGCCUUUUACAAGGAUCUUGUUAAGGUCAUUGAAGCCUCUGAUGUCUUACUGGAGGUUCUUGAUGCCCGGGAUCCUUUGGGGACUCGCUGUCCCGAGAUAGAAAACAUGGUAAUGAAAUCGGGUCCUGAUAAACGUCUCGUCUUGCUUUUAAGUAAAAUUGAUCUUGUCCCUAAAGAAGCUUUAGAAAAGUGGCUCAAAUACCUUAGAGAAGAAUUACCUACCGUGGCCUUCAAGUGUAGUACGCAACAACAAAGGUUAAACUUAGCGUGGAGGAAAUCUACUAAGAAAGCCAAAUCAAGCGAUAUUUUGCAACUAAGUGAUUGUCUUGGAGCUGAUACUCUACUCAAAUUGUUGAAGAAUUACUCAAGAAGUCAUGAGGUAAAAUUGCGAUUUUCAUAAUGAAAAUUUUGUGCUAAAUC